UACCUGCGGUUCUGACUGUAACGAAUUAUUUCAUUGGGUCGUACUACUGUUAAGUGUAAGGAAUUAUUUGAUUAGUUCCAACUAUUUGAUACAGAUUUUUGUGAUAUACAUGUUCACGGCCAAAGGUACACAGCUGGUGAUCAGCCAGGGGUAUAAAUAACUGACGUCUGCUUAUUUGCUUCAGUCAUCUUGACUUCACACAGCCGCAAUCAUGAAGAUGUUUCUCUUUAUCGUAGUCGCCGUCGUCAUGAACAUCGUCCUUGUUGCAGACGGAAUUGAAAUUCCUGGUGGAGGAGGAGGAGGAGGAGGAGGAGGUUGUAUCUGCCCUGGACACUUUGAUCCCGUUUGUGGAGUUAAAUCCUACGCAAACGCAUGUAACAGAGACUGUGAUAAUGCUUUAGCUACUUCCGCCUACGUGUUCAGCAGCGUAUCCAGCUCGUGCGAAUCUGCGCCUAGUCCUACUACUACGCCUUGUCCUACUACUACGCCUUGUCCUACGCCACCGCCUUGUCCUACGCCACCACCUUGUCCUACCCCUGUACCGUGUCCUACAACUCCUACUCCUCCUUGUAGUAACUUAGGCUCAUCCUCCGAAGGAGACUGAAUUGUUUUCAUCAAAUCAACACUAUUCUCUUGAAG